CCCGGCGGGGCGAGGGCGGAGCGGGCGCCGCUGCGCUGACGGCCGCAGCAGAAAGGGGGCGGCCGCGCCCAUUUCCUCCGCUUAGCUGGGGCCGGCAGGAUCCGCAUCCGCGAGCGGCGCCUCCGGACUGUGCCGAGCCCGCGGCGGCUGCCUCCCCUCCGGACGCUCCGAAGUCCCCUGCGCGGUUAGCGUUCUCACUGCCCCUAUGGACGCGGCGCUGAAGCGGAACCGCCCGGAGGAGCCGGCAGAGCUCCCGCCGUCUGCCCGGGACUUGGAGGAGGAGGACGAGGAAGAGGGGAUGGAACAGGGGCUGGAGGAGGAAGAGGAGGUGGACCCUCGAAUCCAGGGAGAACUGGAGAAGUUAAAUCAAUCCACAGAUGACAUCAACAGACGGGAGACUGAACUUGAGGAUGCUCGUCAGAAGUUCCGUUCUGUUCUGGUGGAAGCAACAGUGAAACUGGACGAGCUGGUGAAGAAAAUCGGCAAAGCUGUGGAGGACUCGAAGCCCUACUGGGAGGCACGGAGGGUGGCGAGGCAGGCUCAGCUGGAGGCUCAGAAAGCCACACAGGACUUCCAGAGGGCCACCGAGGUGCUCCGUGCCGCUAAGGAAACCAUCUCCCUGGCUGAACAGCGGCUGCUGGAGGAUGACAAGCGGCAGUUCGACUCAGCCUGGCAGGAGAUGCUGAAUCACGCCACCCAGAGGGUCAUGGAGGCGGAGCAGACCAAGACAAGGAGUGAGCUGGUACACAAGGAGACGGCGGCCAGGUACAACGCGGCCAUGGGCCGUAUGCGGCAGCUGGAGAAGAAGCUCAAGAGAGCCAUCAACAAGUCCAAGCCCUAUUUUGAACUCAAGGCAAAGUACUACGUGCAGCUUGAGCAACUGAAGAAGACUGUGGAUGACCUUCAGGCCAAACUGGCCCUGGCGAAAGGCGAGUACAAGACAGCCCUGAAGAACCUGGAGAUGAUCUCAGAUGAGAUCCAUGAGCGGCGGCGCUCCAGUGCCAUGGGGCCUCGGGGCUGUGGCGUGGGGGCUGAGGGCAGCAGCACGUCUGUGGAGGACCUGUCAGGGAGCAAGCCUGAGCCGGAUGCUGUUUCUGUGGCCUCCGAGGCCUUUGAAGAUGACACCUGCAGCAACUUCGUAUCAGAAGACGACUCGGAAACCCAGUCGGUAUCCAGCUUUAGUUCAGGGCCCACAAGCCCAUCCGAGAUGCCUGACCAGUUCCCUGCAGCUGUGAGGCCUGGCAGCCUGGAUCUGCCCAGCCCCGUGUCUCUGUCAGAGUUUGGAAUGAUGUUCCCGGUACUGGGCCCUCGCAGCGAGUGCAGUGGAGCCUCCUCCCCUGAGUGUGAGGUGGAACGAGGAGACAGGGCAGAAGGGGCAGAGAAUAAAACAAGUGACAAAGCCAACAACAACCGAGGCCUCAGCAACAGCAGCAGCAGUGGCAAGAGCCAAAGUAGCACCACCCGCGAGGGCCAGGCCUUGGAGAACAGGAUGAAACAGCUCUCCCUCCAGUGCUCGAAGGGAAGAGACGGGAUUAUUGCUGACAUAAAAAUGGUGCAGAUUGGCUGAUCCAUCCAAAGCCCUGGCCCAAGUGCAUAGCAGUAUUUAUACACAAAACUGUAUGGAGAACAUUGUGCCAAUAAUCAUUUAAUAUAUGCCAAAUCUUAAGCGUUUACUCUAAACUGCACUAAUGAAGUUGUGACCUUGAGGGCUGAAGAGUUUUCUUCUGGGAGAGAGCUCUUGGGCUGGUUUUUCAGAGCAGAGGCGUUGUUGCAGUGGACUGUGACCAGGGUCACAGCCUUUGUGGAAUAUUACCCGUAACAGUGUUAUGGAAGCAAUAACUAGUUCCUGUGAAAGAACCCAAGCCAGGAAAGGGGCUGGGAAGCUGAGCCAAACUGGGGUCAACAGCUUGCUUCUCUUUCCCUUCUUUGACCCUCAAUUUGGGAAAAUGGAGAUGGUGUCUCCUUUAUAUCCAGGGGAUCGAAAUGAAAAAAAAAAAAAAAAAAACAAGAACAAGAACAAAUAUUCAGAACACACCUUUCUGGGCCAGCAAAGGCUUAAAAAAAAAAAAAAAUCCAAGAACACAAUUUUCAUCAUCUCUGGUAUUCAGGGCUUUUUAAAAAAGCCUCUAUGCUGGUAUACCCAUUAGAACCAUUUUCUAUAAACGUUACACCAUGAACUGCACUUUUUGGGAUGGGAAAGGUGAAUGCCAACGUGGGGAUGGGAGGGACGGAGGGUAGCAGGGACAUACCAUAGAAGGCAAUUUGUGGCUGUGGGGGAGGAGAGUCUGUAGCAUAAACCUUAUCCCACCAGCCAUGGGACUUAAGAAUUAAGAGAAGUGCAUGUGAAGAAUGGUUGCCAUUAUUAUAUCUAGAUUGACAAAGUGUCAAUUUCUCUGUAGGUUGUGACUUUAAAAAUAAAAUUAUUUAAGGGUUAUGCUGCAUUAGUAUUUCUUAGAGGGAAUUGUUCCUUAAAGCUAGGAAAGGGAGUAGGCAUGUGUUGGCACAGGCUGUUAAAUAGAAGCAAUGAAGUCUGUUAUGCUAAUAGUAGUACGUGUUAAGAUUGCUUUCCUUUAAUGUUUUCAUGGUUACACAUAUUUAGAGCACUGUAUUUUUUGUCCUUUUUUGUUAAGAAAACUAGCAUUUCUAAAAGAAAAGCAACCCCAUUUCAAGUUGUCUGUUCUGACACAGCUUGUAUAUUUUAGUCAUUUGUAAAUCUCUUCAUACUGUAGUGUUUUCUCCUUUUUUAAUGACUGAUACAGUAUCCUAAUUACAAGGUUAUUUUGUACCUGUCUUAAUUUCUUGAGUGUAAUAAAAAACAGUUUAAGAAAAUGUUUACUUUUGUGUGUCUUCCAAUAAGAAACCCUGAUGUUGCCUAAAUCUUCCAUUCUAGGCAACCUUCUUGCCACAAGGAAGAGCAUGGAAUGCAGUGGACAUCUGUUCUAACUUCCAGUUAAGGUCCUGGAUCCUAAUAAUUUAAGCCCCAACUAUGAAGGUUUGAGUUAGAAUUCUGCUGUGACUAAAGCGCAGUAAGGAGAAUGCAGCUUUAGGAGAAUGAAGACAAGGUGAUUAUGUCAGAGUGCUUCCCAACCUCUGCUGCACUGCAAUCUCCCAGGAAGCUUCAAGAAGGCGGCUGUUCGCCGUUCUUAGAGCCUGAGAUCAUUUGGGGGUACGCCUGAGGUACCGAACUUUUAAAAGUUCCCCUAGAUGAUUCUGAUGUGCAUCGGGUUGACAUUCAGGCUGUUUUUUUCCUAUCUAUCUGUAGCGCCGUAUCUGGAGCUCUAUUAUAACAACUCAAUAUUAGAUUAAACUGGUAUUUGUAGGUCUCCAUUCGGUUUUUGAGGGUAGGAAUUAGGUCUUAUUUGUUUGCAUCCUGUACAAAUAUCUUUGUUCCAAUUAUGUGUUUAAAUUUUUCUUUAAAGGGCCACAAAAUGAAUCCAUCUAAAAUUGAAAAUACUAAAUAUUUGCCAAAGUGGAAUCACUGUCCUGAAUAUGAAAACAGAUUUGCUGAAGCCUGAACGGUCAUGUAACUAAUGAGUUCUUUUAGAUGGAAUGUACUAGAUGAAGCCUUUUAAUAAUCUCUCUAGGUUACUAUGCAGUUUCCAUAAGUAUAAAGAUUUUAUUUCAAAUCAAGGUAGCAGAAAUACAAAAUAACUGGUGAUAGUUAUAAAGUAGAGACGACGAAAAAUUCCACCUAAUUUUCAGAUGUUUAAAAUCUUGAGCAUCAUUCUGCUCUCAUGGAUUUCUAUGUAAACUGGGAAUUUAUACAUGGCAUUAGUAUCUUGGCAGCUUUUCCAAAUACAACCCCAAUUACCAUAUAUUAAAUUUUCAAUCGUAUUUUUUUUUCAGUGUUACCAUAAGAGCAAUUUUAAAAGACUAUACAAACUAAAUUGUAAUGUCUUCAGUGUCUCAGAUUACUACCUUCAUUUAGCCUGUUAAAAGUAAGAAAUGCAAUAUUGAAUAUAUCUCAGCUCUCCUUACAUGAGUUAAUGGGAGACAGGUACCUAAGUUCAACCACCUUCAUUGUAAACUAAGUUAAAAUAUUUCUUAAAGCUUUAUUCUUUCAUUAACAUCUGGGCAACAAACAUUAAAAAUCGUAACACAAAAAUCUGUUAUGGUAACAUGAUUCAUUUGGUAAUUAGCUGCCCAAGAUGUAGAGUCACAACACAAGCAAGUUUAACUUACAACAUGCUCUGCCAAAAGACAAAUGUAAGUAUUUCAGAAUAUUAUCCCAGCCUACUGUUCCACCCAGUUGAGUGGAUAAGUCAUGUCCCUUAUCCGGUCUCUAUUCUCUUCUAGUAAAGGCACCAUACAGUGCUGACUGAGCCUAACCUUUAAUCCUCCACAGUCUGUUUAUACAAUGGGGCCCCUCAAUGCAAACCAAGUCCUUAUACACACAAAACCAUGUAAAUAGUACUUCUGAGUGAUUUAGGGUAAUUCUGACUAUAUACAAUUCUAAACACUCUGACUUGAGCAGCACCAGAUCCCACUGUAACAUUUUGAGAGAUUUAAGUCUGUUCUGAUUGUUUGGUGUCCUGAGGAUUUCUGUCCUCAUUUGAAGAGCUGAUUUGGUAAGUAUAAAAUCCAGUAAAGCUGAAAGCUGCAUCACUGAAGUUGCGUUGUCUUAAUCGGGAUAAUACUAUUGAAGUCCAAGAAAAAAGGUCCUUCUUGUUUAGGCAAAAAAGUACUAGGAAUGAUAUUGUAGAUCCCCGCAGGUAUAUUUUCUAAUUCCAGGUAGCAAAACCCACACCUAUAUGCAGGGAAAUGAGAACAAAGUUUAUAGAAGAUGAUGCCACAAAGAGUAAAGUAUAAAUUAGAUGCAGUCAAAAUGUAAACAUUACCUAUAGUCACCACUAGACUUCCUCUGAAAGCCAUGGGGACCAGGAUCUCCCACCACAGACACUGUUACAACCUCAAAUCCAACACUAUAUUGCCUGGCAAUAAAAAGAAACAAUUACUGUUGUUAUUAAGUAGUCUCAAAUACAUACCUAAAAAUAACUAAAGUACAGAUAUACUAUUGAACUGAGUAUAUGCUUUCUAAAGCUUAUACUAGAGGCGGAAACCACUCUGGAACACAUGCAUAUACUAUUUUUAUUCUUAAUUAUACAAGAUGCCAUUUAUAUUUUUAUAUUGAUUUAUAUUCAUAUUUUUAAAUCGAAGCCAUGAAGAUUAGUAUUAAACUUACUUUAGAAGAAAUAGUAUUUUUACCACAGGCUCUCGGAGAAUACUGUCAAAUUUAAAUGAUAAAAUACGAUCUUUGCAGAAAAAAAGGACAGAGCCUGAAAUCUGAAUUUACAGAAGUAAUUAACAUAUGGUAGAUAUGACAUUCCAAAUCAGUAGGGAAAAGAAGGAUUAUUUAGAUGGUGAGGAGGUGACAAAUUUAGGAAAAAGAACUGACACUGUAUUCACACCAAAUAUAAAAAUACAUUCCAUCUAGAUGUAAAAAGCAAACCACAAAAGACCUAGAAAAAAAUACGGUACAAAUCUGAUACUGGGGUGAGAUUUCCUGCCCAUAGCAAAAUAAACCUGAAAAGACAUCUGAUUACUUUAAAAAGAAAAUUUUCUCUACAUUAAAAAAAAAAUGAUCUGGGAAAAAUACUUGCAAAUAUGUGAUACGUGCCUAAAGUUAAGAAAACCAUGACAAUUCCAAGAGAAAAAUGGGCAAAAGACAUGAACAGGGAAAGCAAAAGAUACUGUCACUUUUAUGUCAAAUCCUUCUACUUCAAUCUACGAAUUGAAUACAAAAAGAGCAACAACUAGAUACCUUAUUUCACCUACCAAACUGUAGAAAACUAGCUUAACCGUAUAUAAAAGAUUAGUGUUUGUAAAGAGGCAAAAUUCAGGCUAAUUUUACUUAGUUAUUUUUAUUGUUUUUUAAACCUUUUUAAGUUGAGAAAUAGAACACAAUGUACACAUAACAUACAGCCUACAUAACACAUAAAGUGAACACAUAGGUCGUCACCACCCAGAUCAACACAACUCUCAGCACCGUAGAAGUCCCUGUACAUGCCUUUCUCAUUACAGCUCCUGUCCCCACAGAGUUAACAUUUAACAAUGUCUUGCCUUUCUUUAAGAGUAUGUUGACAUAUGUUAGUUUCAGAGUACAACAGUGAUACAAGUUCUGUAUGUUAUGCUCACCACAGUGGGUGCACUCACCGUACGGUGCAACAGUAUUAUUGACAAUAAUAUUCUCUGUUGUACUUUUCAUCCUUCUGACUUAUUUUAUACUGGAAGUUUGUACCUCUUAAUCUCCUUCACCUAUUUCACCCAUUUCCCAACCCCCUUCCCUACUUUCUUGCUUUUAUAUAGUCUGACAACCUAAGCACGCAUCUUUAAAUAGUAGUUUCAUUUUGCUUGCUCCUCACUUAAGUGGAAUCAUACAGUUGAUGUUCUAUUAUGUAUGGCUUCUCCUCAGCAUUGUUUUUAAGACUUAUCCAUCAUGUUGGGUAGCUAUAAUUUAUUUUCAUUGUUAUGCAGCGCUCUAUUUUAUAAUUUUCAAUGCUACUGAUGAACACUUGGGUUGUUACAAAUGUUUGGCUCUUACAACGGCUUAUCAGCCAUUUUGGACUGUUCCUCUUAUGACAUGCCUGUCCAAGCUUUCAUUUUUUUAAACUGUGGACUCUUUUUUAAAUAACUAGUGUAUUUACAAAUCCUUCUAUGUGCUCUUUGUGUCUUAACUUCUUUAUCCUGAAGUCAUUAAAAUAUCUCCUUUAUUA